AUGUCCUACCAAUUAGUUGCCUUGGGUAAUCCACUUUUAGACUUGCAAGUCAACGUCGACGCUGAGUACUUGAAAAAGUACGACUUGAAGUCCGACGACGCUAUCUUGGCUGAAGAAAAGCACUUGCCAAUCUACGAUGAACUCAUCAAGAAGGACGACUUAGUCCUUGUUGCCGGUGGUGCUGCCCAGAACACCGCCAGAGGUGCUCAGUACAUUUUGCCAGCCAAGUCUGUUGUAUACUUCGGCUCUGUCGGUAAUGACGUCUAUGCUAAGAAGUUGAAUGAAGCCAAUGCCAAGUACGGCUUGAGAACUGAAUACCAAAUCCAGCCAGAUAUUGAAACCGGUAAAUGUGCUGCAUUGAUCAACGGUGUCCACAGAUCGCUUGUAACUGACUUGGCUGCUGCCAACCACUUCAAAGCUGCCCAUUUGGACAAGCCUGAGAACUGGAAGCUUGUCGAAAACGCUACCCACUACUACAUUGGUGGUUUCCACUUGACUGUUUCGCCUGAGGCUAUCGUCAAGUUAGGUAAGCAUGCUGCUGAAAACAACAAGGUCUUUACCUUGAACUUCUCCGCUCCUUUCAUUGCUCAAUUCUUCAAGGAUCCAUUGGACGAAGCCUUGCCAUAUGUUGACUACGUCAUUGCCAACGAAUCCGAGGCUGCUGCCUACGCUGAGUCCCAUGACUUGGGCGUUGAUGCCAAGGAUGUCGUUGGAAUCGCUAAGGCUGUAGCCAAGUUGCCUAAGGUCAACUCCAAGAGACCAAGAACUGUUGUCUUCACCCAGGGUCUUGACCCUACUGUUGUUGUCAAGUACAACGCUGAAACCGAAGACUACGAAGUCAAGGCCUACAAGGUCAGAGAACUUGCAGCAGAACAAGUCGUCGACACCAAUGGUGCUGGUGAUGCCUUUGCUGCUGGUUUUGUUGCUUCUUUGGUUGAAGGUAAGACCGAUGCUGAAGCCGUCGAUGUUGGUCAAUGGGCUGCUUCUCUCUCCAUUCAACAGGUCGGUCCUACUUUCCCAUUCCCAAAGCAAACCUACCCUGGUACCAACUAG